AUGUGUCACGGUCUUGCUUUCUGCAAGAUUGGGGACACUUCAUGGACUGCCUUGGACGGAACAAGUUAUCCCUACAUUGACCUGGUUUACUUUAGCGAGCACCAACUUUUCUAUGCUUUGGGUUCUUUUGGUUUAGAAGCUUGGGAUCUUCGCAAUCCUGUCUCUCCAAAGUGUAGUGUAGUAACAAAAUCCACUAUUCCGGGAAUCACUUUCAUGCAUUGCCGUCUAGUCGUGUCCUCGGGGGAUCUCCUAUUGGUAAAGAGAUAUUUUUCUACUGAUUAUCCGUUUACGUUAUCGGCUAAGUGGCCGCCUUUACCAAAGGAUGCUCCCACGGUUUUUUUUGAGGUGUAUAAGUUUGACUUUGUGAGGAAGGAAUGGGUUGGUAAGCGUGACUUGGGUGAUCAGGUAUUGUUUGUUGGUGCCAACCACUCUGAGUCUCUCUCAGCCAAUGAUUUCCCUCCUGGCUUGUUGAUCCCCAAUUCCAUUUACUUCACCACCGACCGCGGCAUUUCCCGCAUUUCUAAAGGUAAUGAUUUGGGUUUUUUCAAUUUGGAUGAUAGAAUCAUACGUAGGUGGGGCCGCUUGAAGAAGAAGAAGAACAAGGUUCAACCGACUCCUUCUUGGAUUGUGCCUCUCUGA